UAAGGAUUAGACAAGAGAGGUUUGGUUUUUUACAAAAAAAACUUAUACUACAAAAUAAUGAGGCAUCCAAAAAUGAGCACAUAGAAACUUUAUCUUAAGCUUUCUACAUGAAAUGAUCACUGAUCAGAAAUGUCCAAAUUAUCAAUAUGAAUAACUCAAAAGGACAAAGUAAUGGUGAUUAUGAUAAUGAAUACAGGUGGAUUAAUAUACAUUCCAUUGAACAAGUUUAUCCAGCUAACUUCUAAUGACCUUAUCCACUUUUCAAAUUAACCUCCUGCAUCAAUUUAAACAAAUUGGACAAAUUGUUGCACCAUUUGAAGAUGGCGGCAUUUUAAAUUAUUUAUUUGAACCAAUUCAAGUGAACAGUACACUGGUGAAUAUUUCAUCUGUCAACAGUUCAGUGACAUUAUUAAAAUUCAUUGAGAUAAAUAAUACUUAUACAUUUAUUAGUAAUAUGAUCAGCCGUAUGCUAUUCGACACUGUUCAAAAUAUCAAUGUAUAUAAUGUAAUUUCAACAACCAAUCAAAAUCAAAGCAAUGCUGAACUGUUGAAUACCACUUCAGCAAACAUGACAAGGAGAUUUCUAGCUGUGAUUAUUAUUGAAUGCCUUUUAUUCCUCAUCGCCUUUAUCAUUAGUCUGCUGUAUUUUGUAAUGAUCAUUUGUUGUCCUUCUUGUAUGAGUAGCCUUAGAAUGCCUUCAAAGUAUUUUGAAAUUUCACAGAUAUUAAAACAAGACAGUGAUAAUAGUUUUUCAAAUAAUAAUAAUAACGCCAACAAUAAUGUAAAUUCAAUCUACGCUGCAAAAGAUCUACUUCCCAAUGGAGAUAUUGAAAAUUCCACCCAGAAAGCUUAUCAGCAAGAAUCAAGAACACUGGAAUGGUUACAACGAUCGGAUACAAGGAGAAUAUCUACUAAUUCUUCUGAUAUCUACAUCAAUGAUCCAGGUGAUAGAUUUAAACAAAUAAAUAAACCAUCACCAUCAUCAUUCAUGGAUUCAAUGGAUUCUUCUACAAUUAUAUUCGAUGAUUUUAAUGGUGGAAUUCCAAAAGCCCGCGAAAAUCAACCAGCAUUACCAAUUAUUCAACCGUUUCAAUAUAAGAAACAUAGAAAUAUUUAUCUUAUCUUAAAGAUAACAGUUUAUACAUUCAUAUUUCUACUAAUUUGUUUAUGUACUAUUUGUUUAUAUACUAUGGACUAUACAUACGCUCAAUUCAAUCCUAAACUAUUAGAUAAUUCAACCAAUCAAACAUUAAUGACAUUUAGAAAUUCGUUAAUGAAUGAAGUAGUCAGGAAACUGCCUGACUAUCUAGAAGAGAUAAUAGUUCAAGGGCAAACAGAAACUGAACGAAUAUUUCAAAUUGUUGAAAAGGAAAUAGAUAAACAGCUGAUGUCAACUGUUGAUACAAUAAUGACAUCUCUGCUGGAUGCGUAUAAACUCACCGCGGUGUUAAAUACUGCUGAUUUGAUAACACAAAGUUUGAAUGAAACCAUAAUAGCUAGUAAGAUAAUUAAUUCACAGCAAAAGAUUAUCCAAGAUGUUAAUAAUUACAUCGGUGAACUACGUGGUUAUGCCAAUAUACUGAAUGCAUCAAUCAAUACAAUUUGUAAACAAUUCGGAGAAAAUACUGUGGAAAGCGUCAAGUGCAAGGAGUUACAGCUUCAAAGUUCAAUUUUACUCAUGUCUGUAGACACACAAAAAUUUGAAUUGGAAUCUAGCGCUGUAAUGGUAUUUUUAAUGCGAGAUUUAAAUAUCGAUUUGAAUUCAUUAACAGAUCAACUUGAAAAGACAAGGGAUAUUUUGACACAGAAGAAAAAUGGAGUAGUACUAACAAUGAAGUCAGCAUUUAAUUUGACUGAAUACCUUCAACAAUUUAUCGGCAUAUGGUCGCUGCUUCGCAAACGUCUAUUGGACAAUGUGAAAUCAUUUCUCAGUGCAGAGAAACAACAGGAAAUUGAUAACAUUUUAACACUGACAUCUUAUCUUAUAUCUGUUAUCGGAUAUUUAUUAAUCACUCUGAUCAUGUCCUGUAUAACACUGCUGACAGUUUACUGUAUUUUGCAUACAGUAGACACAUACGAGAGACAGUUGUUCGCCUGUCAAAUCAAUUCUGAAGACGAUCAGAGAAAAGUAUACACAUUACAGAUUUAUGGAGGUGGCGGCACAAAGUCUCUACUUCUCCUCGAGUUAAAUCGAACUGUUUAUCUGCCUCACAUUAAUAAUCCAGCGCAUAUAAAGUGUAUAACUAUCACUUGUACAGUGUUGAGUCUUUGUAUAACAAUUUUUAUUCUAUCAGCUUUAUUCCUCAUACUCCCAGUGAUAAUUAUUACAGACACAGAAGUGUGUCGCUAUGUGGAUACUGAUUCAGGUAUUGUGAUAACCGAUCUUGUCCUGGAUCUUUAUCUUCAAUAUGAAUGGAUAAAUUCUUUGUUCACAAACAGGACACUUUCAAAGCAGUUGAUGAAUUUAUUGAAUUUUCCAGCACCGAAACGUGUUUAUUCAACACUAAGGAAUAAAUGUAAGCCAACCAUAUUGAAUGGUAGUCAGGAGAGUCAACGUUAUGGUCUAUUGAAACUACUGAACUACAGUGAUAUAAUCGAUUUUGAGAAGAUAUUGUAUUCACCUGAAUUACAACAGAAGAUAAAUGAAACGGAGAAUUCAACUGUCAAUGAGAUCGUGAAAAUGGAUUUCUCUGCACUCAUCCCGUCAGAUUUGGAUAGUUUAACAACACUGGUGCGGAAAUUAUCCGUUUAUUUAGAUGGAAAAGAUUAUAAGUCUACAAUUCAAGAAAUCAAUACAUUCACAUCACUGAAACCAAAGAUUUUGGAAUAUUUAUCAGAAAUGCAAAGCUUUGCUCAAUUGAACAAUCAGACUAACAGCUUAAUCGAUAUAAUUGUGCAGAUAAAUAGCUCACUGGUGAUGUAUGAUAAGAUUUCUGCCUCUCUGAAUGCUUUAACCUCUCCUUUUGAACAACUUGAUGCCAACAGAAAUUUAACAGGGAAAUUUGAUGAGAUAUUCAAUGGAUUAAAUAAUUUUCGAAUUCUCAGUCUGGAUCCUCUGGCAUUAGAACAACCCAUUCGUCCACUGUUCCGACAAUCUGUUCAAUCCUUACUCAAAAAUGCAAAUAUCCUGUUAAAAUAUCAAUUCAAUGAUGUCUUGUUUACAAAUAUUUUGCCAUGUGAUAAAUUAAACAAGCUGUUACUAACAUUAACACAAACAUUCUGUGAUACCACACUGAGCGGUAAUGGUGGAAGCAUUUUAUGCUUGGGUAGUUAUGUGUUGAGUAUUUCAUUGACUUAUUUUUUACUGCUGAUUACACUAUUGAUUUUUGUAAUUUACUGUCGGAAAUAUACUGAACUCUGUAUGUAUACGAGAUGGGAAAACGUUCCCAUACACAGAUCUGUUGAAUUGUGUCAAAAACUGCUUGAACAGAAAUAAGAUUUCUUAGAGAUAUUCA